AUGGGCGUAGCACGAAAUGUGGAAAGUGCUAUAAUCGCGAGUGGCCGAAAGCGACCCCCUCAGCACCUAAUCCACAACAUUUGCAGUAUUAUUUGGGAGCAGUUCAUCCAAGAAAAGGUCGCCGACCAGAUGUCCCACAAGGAGUUCCGGGACAUGGAUGCGCUCAUCGUCAAGGUUGGUUGUCAAAUGGAUUUGUUUCCUCAGGUUGGCGAGACUUGCACUGUCACCAUUGCCAACGCUGUUUUCGAACCGCGGUCAGCGCCCGUGGAUCAGACUCCGGCUUUUGAAACGUUCUUCCAACUUCUCUUGAAGUCAUUCUCACGGAAGAAACACCCCUCUGACGACGAUGAGCAUGUCGACGAGGAUUCGAAGAAGUCAUUUCGAGGUAGCGUUCGCGACGUAACUGACAGGAACAUCCCACCUGAGUAUCGAGUGAUCGCCAUCCGACAUCCCAGAGGCUUCAACGUCUAUCUACCUUACGUCGAACUGAACGGAUCCGAGUCGUUGGCCGACUACCUCUCUCGUGUUGAGGAUGAGGAUUUAAAGAAUAUCACACUUAAGACAGGCGUGUCAAACAAGACUCUCGAAGCGCAGUCUCUUACCAUGAACUAUCUGAAGUACUCUCUUUCCGCCAAGCCUUAUCGGCCUUCCGUCCAAAGCCAGGAGGCAUACAAGUACCUGCUGAAUCUUGAUCGAAGUAUCAAUCACUUAUACAUUCACAGCUUACAUUUCUAA